UUAAUCCGAAGAGCAGUCAGUCUUAGUCACAUUCAGUUCUGUUCACAUUGGGAAGUAAUCUUUACAAUUGCAACAGUCUAUGGUCAGUAAUAAUAAAUAAGUUGAUAGCGAAUUUUUACAUAGCGUUUUAUUUCACAGAUUAUCCUAUAAGUCACUAAAGUGAAACAAAAUAAAAAGGGUUAUCAUUUAUAAAGGAAAAAAAAACAAGUUUAACUAAUCAUUCCUCACUACAGAAGGAUCACUCACAAAUUUUCAAUCAACAACAAUGAUGUGCUUACCAGAUGUAGCAGAUGACGGAGCACUUGGAACAAUUCAACACGAAUGUCUCUCCUCUGAGGGUGGCGAAAGUGAUUUGCAGAACUAUCUAGCGGUCUGUGAGAAGAACCCAAACCAUACAGGGUUCAUUUCUGUCAAGGACUUCACAGUGCACCAUUUGCCUGAAGGUCAUCGUCACCAUGAUCUGUACGAGUUCAUCAAAGCUACAGCAGAUCUGACUGUCAGAGUCGGAGUCAAGAUGACAAGUGUGAAGAGACCUAAUGUUUGGCCAGACAAAACUGGACCAUAUCCAUUCUGUGAAUUGAAAGGUAAAACCACUUUUCGUUGUGGUAGCGGAGAGCUGGAUAUCUAUGAAUACAAGAACGGAUAUGGCCGAGACGGCCAUGGACACACGGAAAAGGCUGGCUUCAGCUAUAACAGCAGAUACCCUACCUGCCCGUGUGAGAAUUGUUUGCAUUCAAACGCUGCUAAAAAAAUCUGGUGGGAGGUUGUGUUGACAACAGCCGCUCACGUGGUCUUUGAUGACAUCGAGGCUAAACAUACCACGUGCAAGCUGUUCUACGAUCAAACAGACAGCGACGUUAAGAUCUUUGACAAGUUCAGCGUGCUCUACGUCGACGUGAAUAAGGACGCAUGCGCCCUGAAGUACAUUACUUGUGACGAGACCCUGGGAAAAGAACUGUACGCCCUGGCUAGGCGUAGAGCUGAGCUACUGGAGAAAUAGAACAGUUUAUAGGCUAAUAAAGUCAAUGACAAUUGGAACUUCAUCGUAUCGUACCCACACGGUUGCACUAAGCAGGUCAGCGUUGGAAAGUGCUUAAGCAACGUAAAAAUCUCGGAUUACCUACUUAGUAAGGACUACUACUACUCUAGAAUGACCUACAACACGUGUACGUGUCCAGGAAGUAGUGGAGCGUGGAUUCACUUAGUAGGUUGUCCUGGCGCUCACGUUCACCGCGGAGCUGAUCUCCAGACCGGAAUUAACUUCAGCAGUGUUGGCCUGUACUUUCGUAAAGAAAGCCCUUAAAAAUGUGAACACGUCAAUCACCACUUGCCUUUAAUAAAAGCCACUUCACAAACAUAUAUAUUGCAUAGAAACUACUUUAGCUCUAUUGCUUUAAAUAAAACAACAAAAACAUAAAAUAUGAACUCCACAAAAUAUUAGUAAACAGAAAACCUGCGAGAAACAUUGUAUUAUGUAGUCAUUGGUGGAGUGGCUCUGCUAACACUAGUACAUCUACUUUCUUUUUUAUUCUCUCUGUCGAUUUUCUAUGUUUACCAAGUAAUAAAGAGAAUACACUAGUUAUACAAGUAAAUUCCCCUUUCACGGGCCCUUACGAACUACAGGGCAGGUGGUUAAAGAAGGUGUUAUGUUGUCAACCGCCUUAACAAUCCCAAACUAAUGCCAGGCUCCCAGUAGUGUUCAGAUGUGUCCUAAAAAUUCUAAAAUCUCAGUCUUUCCGGAGAUUCAAACUUUAGACCCCUCUGUCCGAAGGCCAAGCACUUCACCACUUGGCCACAACGCACCCCAACUAGUUAUAAAAAAAAGUUUUCCUUUCAUACCUUGCGAUCUGUAGGGCAUAUACUGUUAAGAUUAUCUGGGGGGGGGGUGCCAACGGUGAACGAGCAGGGUGUCACGUGGCUAGCACAACCACCUUUAAGUCAGGCAGCCAUUAGAGUUGGGUGGAUUCAGGGCGCCCUUAAACUCUCAAAAUUCUAAGUCCGAGUCUUCACCUAGACCCGACUCCAGGUUCGGAAGCCAAGCACUUAACCAAACAGUCAGUUACACUAGUUAAAACCAUCUUUGCUAAAAAAAAGUUUAUGCGUGCGCUGGAUGUGGUAAAAUAUGUAGGUCGCAGCUUAGGCUGCGAAGACAAGCCUUAUUAUUUAUAGUUAAAUUAAUGUCUUUGUAAUAAUGUAUUCUUUAAUAACAUGUCUUAAUAUUUUAUGCUUUUUUUUUCUUACCCAUAUUAAUACGUAUAAUAUUUAUACAUCUCUGUAAUCUAAAAUAAAUUUUUAUCAGUGGAUAAACG